AUAUUUCUUUGUUUUCAUAUUUUUAAGCUUGUUUUAUUAUCCCAUUGAGUUGGGAAUAUGUGCUUGUAAACACAUCACCCCCCUCCUCCAUGCUUUGUUCAUGCAGAAACAUCUUAUUCAGGAAUGAUGCAAGAUCAAAUUUUCUUUCUAUAAUGCAUAUUAGAGAUAUAUUUGUAGAUGAAACUCCACACGUCAUUGUUUAUUUACAUUACAUUAUAGUCAUCUGGCACGCGUUUGUCCAAAGCAACUUAAAGUAAGUGCAUUCAAACUCAGGAAUAAGAUCUUGAUGUCAUUAAAUGUUCAAUUCUUCGAAACUAAACUAGACAACUAAAAGCAUGUUCAGUGCUACAGUACAAGAGUUUUCUUAUAGGUUUGACCUCUUUUUUUAUGGCCGGUAAUUUUUUACUUUAUUCACACAGGGGAUGUUUGCUCAAUUGUUGACCUUUUAGCAGUUACAACAGAUGAAUCACAUUCCUUACUCAAGGGCACCUUAUAAGUACAUGCUAAUGGAGAGGCGAGCAUUUCUUGUUUAAUUUCCCACCCAAGACUUUUCCAUCUGGUGACCUUUUGACUUCCAGUUUACCGGCACGGAUUUAUUGUCCAACUGGAUGAUCAUUCAGUUUGUAGGCUGAUUGAUUGGAUAAUUGAAUGAUGGUUUUGGCUUAUUUUUAAGUCUUGCUUCUUUGAAGUAACUUUUCUCAGUAGACUUUUAUCCUUAUAAAUCCUUAUCCUUAUAAGGUUAUUUCAUGGAAUCAGUGGACUCUGUGUAGACUUGUUUAUCUUAUUAAGUAACUACUUAAUUGAAUAUCUUGAAUAAUUGUUCUUUCCUUUUAUUUAAAAUUGUGUUUUUUUGUUUUGUUUUUUUGUUACUUUUUUCUGUUUCUUCCUAUUUCUUUUUUUUUACUGUAUUUGUUCACAAGUUGUAUUUUUAUUUUGUCAUUGUGCUAUUUGUGUUAUAAGUUCUUAACAGUUUGAUGAAGAACAUGUAAAGGUUUCACUCUAUUUAGAAAAUUGCCACUAGAACAGUUACUUCAUGUAGGAGCUGUGAUAUUGUUGGUUUUGUUAUUUAUUUAUAUAAGUUCUAUUUAUGGAAAUAACAAUUCUAUGUAUUUUUUUAAUGUAAAACCAUGACAUAGUAUCAUUAUUUAUUUGGUAACCUUUUCAUCAUAUAAUUGAUUUUGUUUUUAUGCAUGUGUUCUGUGGUUUUGUUUUAAUUUUACUGCUGUUUGUAAUUUCUUUUGUGUUUUAAUUUCUUUGUUUGUUUUUCAUGUCGGUCCCACCUUCUUCCAUCACCCCUCCCUGGCCUACAGCCUGCACUGCGUCGUCGUCGAUGUCGUAGCAUGUCUAUUUGUGUCCCCCCCUUCUCCUACUCUUUUUCCCAUGCUCCUCCACCCCUGGCUGUUCCUCCAAGGCAGCCCUCCACCCCUCCUCCAGACCUGUCUUUCUCAUCCUCCUACGCCACCACCUCCCCCUGCAUGCCUCUCGCAGCUGAGAGAGACACAUUCGCUGGGCGCCUCUCCAAGGCCCUGGAGACAGUCCUACCCCUACACUCUGCCUCCUCUGUGCCCAGGGCCAGGCAGCGGAGGGCCAGCCUACCUGCCCUGUUCUCCACCCCUGUAGGUGCACAAUCUUAAUUCCCAGCGGCCACAGUGGUGGUGAGCACUAGAGAGGAAGGGAAAGAGAGAAAGAUGAGGGAUAUGGGCCACACACGUGUCUACAAGUAGAUUUAACUACUAAAACAUGUUUUUGUAAUUACAGAAGAAUGCCCAAAAGUCAGUGUACUUAACAAAUAACAGUAAUUUGUUUUAACUGCUGGAUGACAGGAUUGCUAAUGAAACAGCUUGUACUACUCAUGCUGAUGGUGCACAGUUUUUUUGUCACAGCUUUGUACAACUUAGUUUCUAUGUAGAGCCAAGUAAAUAACCACAUGGAGCCAGAACAAUGCAAUGUACUGGCUAAUUAAUUCAAAGUGCAAGACUGUAAGAAGAAAAUAUUGAAGUAGUUUAGUACCACUGAAGCCUUCGCAGUCUCCUUGACUGAUUAUUGAUAUGUGUACAGUGUCCGUCCUCUUCAUAGUUAACACAUUGAUAAAGUGUUCUGUAUUGAGAGCUGAGCUAACUAUGUAGCAAGGAGGUUUAAAUUGUGCUGUCUAAGCCAAUGCGGAAUGUUGCCUUGAAAUCUAAUCUUACAAUAUUAAGUCUGUAUAAUAAAAGUAAAAUAAAUUAAGAAAAUGUAUAUUCGGUAUUCAAGGCAUUUUAGAUGACACUUUUAUCUUUAGUAAGUCAAUUAGUGUGACCUCAGACUGUUCAAACUUAAUUUGCUUUCAGACACUGCUGUGAGUCAUUCUAGCCACCCAACUCUCUUUAGCUCUCUCUUCCUCCCUCUGUCAGACCACCAUGUGUUCAUAUCACAUACAGAUUGACUGGCUUCAGCGUUAACUUUGCGCUAUGAUACAAAUGUCUAAUAUCACAUGCAUCUGCCAUCAGGAAAACCGCUUAUUUGACAGCAAAAGUUAUUGUAGUGGUUUUAUGAUAUUUUGGGCAUUAUAUGUCCUUAUUAGACAGCUGACAGUAGAGAGAUGGUGAGUGACAUGCAACUAAAGUUUUGUCUCGUGUUCAACGCCCUAACCCUCAGGCCACCAGGGUGUUUUUUUACUUUAGAAGUGAAGACAACAUGGAAAACACUAAGCCUACAUCACAUCAUAAAGUCUUCUUGCCCCCUAAAAAUUGGUAUUAGCCAGUGAAAAAUCCUGGUUCCUGGUAUCCAUUCUUGGAAAAAAAUGAUAUAACAUUUAUGAUGCUAACAUAGGCCGCAACCAAACUACUCAAUAGAAUUUGUCGUAAGAUUUACAGAUUAUCUAUUUACUUGAUCAAAGUGAUUUUGCCACUACUUAGUUAGAAGGUCAACAUUUUGCAGAGAGAAGCUCUGUAAUAAAAGACAGUUUAGUUUUCCUGAGUGCAGAUACCUCAGGAUAUUAUCAAGCUUGGAUCCAGCCUUUCUUCUCUUUGUAUUUACUACCCCACUGCGUGUCUACUUGUGAGCUCGCACUGUGUCUCCCACUUUUACUGUGUUGACUUUUCUUUGUCUGCUUGUCUUUGUGCUGUAACAGUCUGUUAUUUGGUCUCUCUGUCUGUUUUACUGCCGCUUUGCGUUAUUACCUGUUCUACCUCAUCUCAUCACUCCUUUUAUACAGCUGUUAUGUGUUAUUCUGUCUUGUCUUAACCACAUAAUUUUGUUUCUAGUGUGUCAAUAGAAUAUAUGUCCUUUUUUUUCUCUUGGUAUUGUCCUAAAAUUAUGCUCUUUAGCACACUGUUUUACACUGCAUUUCAUGUCGGCCUUUGCUGGUGUUCUCUUUUGCAUUCUCUGAGUCUCAUUCUUAAAUCCAUUGUAUCUCAUUGUCGCAGCAGCAUUCAAUGUCGCACCACUACAGUGGAGGAGCAGGAGGAGGAGGAGGAGGAGGAGGAGGGAGCAUCCCCCUCUCAGCUCUCCCAGACCCCACUACUAUUUUCUUUCCCUCCAUCCCUGAGCGGCCCAUUUCAUUCUCACCUCCUCCCACUGGGCCUCCUAAGGCCUACAACACCCAGAGACGCAAAAGCACGUCCAUUCUCGAGGCACAUACCCGACACUUCCAGCCUGCCUACACUCGCUAUGGGAGCAGCCUGCAUCCCUUUUCUGGGAUGGAGGGAGUUGAGACCCCCUCUCUCUUCAUGGUGAAUCCCGGUUUUGCAGCAGCUGCUCAAAGACUUGGUGUUGGGGAGCCGCUGCAUCACCCAGGACAAUCUGACCCAAGUAUGUACAGCUACAAAGACAUGAGAGCAGAGCAUGAGGAAGCAGUGAGGAGAUUAAGUCUAAAUCAAGCUGCCUUAUUGGACCAUUAUGAAGCCAUGGCAUAUGGAGGAUACCCAAUGACUGCACAACAGCUUGGCCACUUGAGUUUCCAUCAGCACAGGCAAGCAGCAGCUGCAGCUGCUAGUUUGGGUUUUGAUCCUGUUCCUCCACCUCAACCUGGGUUCUUGCACCCACACAUCAUGCAAAGAAUGAGUGCACACAGCCCGAUCCCUCCACCCUUACCUCCCAUGAGUGCACCCACUGGUGGUUCUGUUCCUUCUUCAUCAUCUGAUGGAUGCUAUCCUCCUCCACAGCAUGCUUCCCCUUCUGCUUUUCCUAUUUCUGCACCUCCAGUAAUGGCUGAUGCUCCGCCACCAACUGGAAGUGUGUUUGAGUUCCAUUUAGCCGCAGCCGCCGCCGCUGCAGCUGCUGCUGGGGACCCAGGCCUCUUGGCAUCCAGACUUUUCCGGGCUCGAAGGAGCUCCAUGGACCUCCCUCUGGAGGAUAACACUGGAACUGGAUCAGGUGGUUCAGGCACGUACAGCCGUCUCCAACCGGUGACAGAAGAGCUGUACUCGUAUGUCAGUCCCGAGCUGCCCUUGCCUCCAGGAAGUCUUCUUCUUCACCACACAGGUUUAACCAUAAAAGACAGAAGCCCUGAACCUUCCAGUGACUCUUUGGUCUCCUCCGACGCCGGGGAGUUUCAGUCACCUCCUCCCCCACCUCUUCUCCCCCCAUUUGACUCCUCAGCUGCUCAGUCCAUCCCUCACUCAUCCUCCGCUGCGCUCUACGAAUCAUCCUGCGGAGUGUUUCCCAUUGAUCCCCAGGGACAUCCACCCUCCAUGCAGAGCUUUCUCCCUCCCACUCCAUCCUCUGAGCACCCUCUUGGGGGAGCAUCAUCAACUCAGCUGGAGUCUCUGAUCCAGAGUGCCUGGGCCAGGCAUGGCGGGGUGGUACCAGCCCAACCCGAUAUGACAUAUCAUGAGUCAUUGCUGGCCAUGCAGGCCGCUAACCCCACUCUGGUACUGAGUUUAGACCUUAAAAACACCCCUAGACCUCUGGGUCAAUUACUAGUUGAAAUUAUAUGAGUUGCUUUUUUAAGCAAAGAUCCACAACCAGCUGCUGAUAUAUCAUAAUUGCUACAUUAUGGUAGUCUAUGCUCUUCAUUUCUUGUUUGACUGCAAUUUGUCAAUAUCUCACAGACUAAGGAUUUCAUAUAUAUGGCCAUAUGCCUGUAACAUUGGAAAGGCAAUGAAUAGAUACAUUAAA